AUGGUUCGAACAACUGAGCUGCUCCGCAAGCAAGGACUCAAGUGUAAAAUUUACGAGAAAGGUUCCAAGAGCGGAGGUGUCUGGUAUUGGAAUAACUACCCCGGCGCUCGAGUCGACUCCCCUUCUCCUAUCUAUCAACUAUACGACAAGGAAUUAUACGAAGAUUUCACAUUCACGGAGAAAUAUCCAGGGGGAAAAGAAAUUCGUCGAUACUUCGAGCACGUUGAAAAGAAAUGGGAUGUUAGAAAAGACAUUGAAUUCGACAAGCAAGUUGACGGAGCUACGUUCGACAAGCAGCGCAAUCAAUGGCUUGUCGAAUGUGCUGAUGGCUCCGAGGUUUAUUGUCGAUGGUUCAUUCUUUGCAUAGGGUUUGCAUCUCGUCGAUUCACGCCCCCUUUCGCGGGACUCAGUAACUUCAAAGGCGACACGUAUCAUACAGCAGUUUGGCCACAACAUGGUGUUAAUCUAAAGAAUAAAAGAGUUGGUAUAGUUGGUACUGGAGCAACUGGUAUUCAGGUGAUUCAAACCAUCGGACCUGUGGUUAACCACCUCACCGUCUACCAACGAACGCCUAAUCUUGCACUACCAAUGAAUCAAAGGCUUCUAGAUCCAGAAGAAGAAGCUAAAAAGAAAGCUGAAGGCAAAUACGAAGAAGAAUUCGCAAAAACGAGGAAGACAUUUGGCGCUUUCCCAUAUGCUUUUGAAGAAAAGAAUACUUUCGAUGAUACACCGGAAGAACGGGAGGCCCAUUAUGAUAACCUCAUGAACAAACAUGGUGGUUUUCAUUACUGGCUCGGCAAUUACAAAGAUUUAUUCUACAAUCAAAAAGCUAAUGACGAAGCCUACAAGUUUUGGCGCAAAACUGUGUGCAAACGAAUCCCAGAUAUCAAAAAACGAGAGCUUCUAGCACCAGAAAUUCCACCCCAUCCGUGGGGAGCCAAACGGGCGUGUCUCGAACAAAAUGUAUAUGAAGUUUUCUCCCUCCCACACGUUGACAUCAUUGAUGUGAAUGAAUCGCCCAUUCUUGAAGUCACCGAGAAGGGAAUCAGAACAAAGGGGGGAGAAGUAGAAUUCGACGUCCUGAUCCUUGCUACUGGGUUUGAUUCCUUGAAUGGAUCAUUGGCCCAGCUAAACAUUCGCGGCAUAGAUGGCACCACCAUUGCUCAAAAGUGGAAAGAUGGAACACGCACAGCAAUGGGCAUUGCGAUGAAUAAUUUCCCCAACAUGUUUUACCUCUGCGGAGUCCAUGCACCCACUGCAUUCGCGAACGGACCAUGCUGUACUCAAUUCCAAGCAGAAUAUAUUUCGGAAACCUUGAGAGGCUUGACCGAAAAGAGUAAAACCUACUUUGAGGCAAAGGAGGAGGCAGAGGAGGAUUGGUGCAAGAGGCUGGGUGAAUGUUGGCAUAAUUCUCUAUUUCCUCAAGCGAAGAGCUGGUACCAGGGAGCGAAUAUUCCAGGAAAAAAAGUUGAGCCGCUCAGCUGGCUUGGCGGUAUGCCGGAAUACAUGGCGACUUUGGCGAGAAGUAAUGAGAAUGACUAUCAGGGAUGGGUUGUGAAAUAG